UGUGUGUUUGUCUUUGUGUGUGUGUGUGUGUGUGUGUGUGUGUGUGUGUGUGUGUGUGUGUGUGUGUGUGUGUGUGUGUGUGUGUUAGGCAAUUCACGAAGAGCGCAGAGAAAUGCUGUAUACAAUAACCUUUUAUAGAAAAUGACUUUCAAAACUUCCACGUACACAUUAUAAGCCGCAAAAAGUGUUCGUCACCAGUCAACCUUGACGGCGCGGCGUGGAGCAGUCUGGGUGUAUAAAGAGAUGCAGUUGUCCAGCCACAGACAGUGUCACCGAGCUCCUCAGCGCAGCACUGCAAACAUGAUCAAGCUCGGCUCAGUGGUGUGUCUUCUUGCCUCGACGACACUUGUUGUUGCUGGAGGACAUGGCGGCGGCCAUGGCGGAAUAAAUUUGGGCGGCGGGGGCGGUCAUGGAGCCGUCUUCUUUGGCGCUGGUGGCCAUGGCGGCGGUUUUGGCGGUGGCCAUGGCGGCGGUUUUGGCGGUGGCCAUGGCGGCGGUUUUGGCGGUGGAUCUGGCGGCGGUGGAUAUGGUGGCGGUGGAUAUGGCGGCUACAGUAGGCCUACUCCAUAUGCCUUCAACUACGGCGUCUCUGCCGGCUACACCAACUUCGGCCAAAGCGAGAAAGGCAACGGCUACGGAGGCGUGAACGGCGGCUACUGGGUCAACCUUCCUGACGGCCGUGUGCAGAGGGUGUCCUACUGGGCUGACGGCAGCGGCUACCACCCGGUGGUGAGCUACUCUGGCAAGGCCCACUACCCAGCGAGUUACGGCCACGGCUAUCACUGAUCUAACACUUUACGAGGUCGGGAUUAAUUGUGGUGGAGUUCCUUUUGUAAAUGUGAAGCACAUAAUAAACUAUAGGUUAUAU